AUGAAUGUCUCUGCAGUGACGCUGGAUCCAAUUUUGAUUCCAUUCGAUGAUACGUACAUCUUGUAUGAUCCUAAUGACGUGAUUUCAUACGUUUUGGUUUACUACUCACUAUUGCCAAUUGGAAUCUUGAUCUUCUACUUCUCGUGGUUCAUCUCUUCCAGAGAGCUUGAGGCGGUGAUCAUAGCUGGAGGUCAGGUCGUGAACGAGGCCUUGAACAACAUAAUAAAAAACAUUAUAAAGGAGCCAAGACCAGCCUCUAUCGGGAGUUCUUUUCAAAAGGACACAAUCAGAUCCGCCUAUGGAAUGCCUAGCGCGCAUUCGCAGUUCAUGGGCUUUUUCGUGAUGUACUGGUCCCUUAAGGUUGUUCUUCACUGGCGCGGGCUCUCCAACGCAAGGAAGCUCUCCAGCAUUCUGGCAAUGGGCUUCACUACAGUUAUGGUUGCUGUUUCUCGUAUUUAUCUUGGCUACCACACUGCGUUUCAAGUAUGUGUGGGAGUUGCGCUAGGAGGGUUUUUUGGAUCAAUGUACUAUAUGGCUGUGGGCAUUGUUAGAUACAUGGGUUUGAUAGAUUGGAUCUUGGGAUGGCCCUUUUGUAAGCGGUUGUGGGUUAAAGAUUCGUUCAACACAAACUCGCUUAGUUUGCACGAUGAGUACGAAGCUUGGAUGCAUAGAUAUAGCCAAGCUCGCGGAAAGUCAAACCUUGCUAAGAAGGAUUUGUAG